AUGCCUAUUGACAAAAUUUUGGCGCAUAUUAAAUAUGAGCACUACCUCAAAUGGCUAAGGCCAUUACAUUCGUCACCCAACGUGCGUGACAAGAAGAAGUAUUGCCAUUUCCACAAGGAUUACAACCACUACACAGAGAAUUGUAGGGACCUAAAGGAGCAGAUAGAGGAACUCAUACGAAAAGGGAAAUUGCAGAGAUUUGUGAAGAAGGGAGAACCUAGUAGGUCCAAGGACGAUAAUAAGGACAAGCACGAAACCUCACCAAGGGACGAGGACCACAAAUCCCAACAUAUACCAAGCGUGACUGGGGAGAUAAAGACGAUCACCGGUGGGCUAUCCACAGGAUUCAAUACCAGGAGAAUCCUCAUGGAUAAUGGCAACUCUGUGGACAUCAUCUACCUCUCCGCUUUUCAACAGUUGAAGCUAGAUCUAGAAAGGCUAUACCCUUUUGAGUCCCCCCUCAUCAGCUUUAGUGGAGACAGGGUGUAUCCUAAAAGCAUAGUGACGUUAACAGUCACAGUAGGAUCUUAUCUGCAAUAG